AUGCCUAGCCCUGCUAAGAAGCGCAAGACAAAUGAUGUUAAACCUGUGCCUCAGCGAAUUCGUGGGAUCAGAUCCUUCUUUGAACCCCAAAAUGCUACUCGAACACCGGCCACCUCUGCCUUGUUGACCGAUGAAGAGCUUGCACGCAAAUUACAGGCGGAAUGGAAUGAAGAAGUGAGAGCAGACCACCAGAGUCCUAGCCCACCUAAAGACUCUCUGGGUUUACUUUCGCGAGAGGCCAACGCUGAAGAUCGAGAUGAGGGAUUUGGGAUUGAACCACAACCGCCCGCGCUGUCCUUCACUGACGUUCCUAGAGACACUACCAAAACCGUGUUAUCAUUACAAACCUCGUCGUUAAAUGAGGAUACCAUCUCCCAGUCGAUACCAUUUGAUCAAAGUCCACUUACCUUUGACCCAUCGGGCUAUAUUGAGCAAUUACGGACUCACUGGGCUUUUGGCGGGGGUCACGCAUCGUAUGCCAUUCUGACUAGAGCAUUCGUCCUUGUCAACAACACCCAAAGCCGAAUUAAGAUCGUUGACACCUUGGCAAACUUCCUGAGAGUGGUAACAGAAGCUGAUCCGGACAGCCUUGUCCCUGCCGUAUGGCUUACAACAAAUGCGAUUGCACCUCCCUAUGUUCCUUUGGAGUUGGGAUUGGGCGGGUCUAUUAUAUCCAAGGCUUUGAAAACUGCAUAUGGAUUAAACAAUCAAGGAUUGAAAAUUCUAUAUGACAAACAUGGUGAUGCUGGGGAUGUCGCUUUCGAAGCUAAGAAAAGGCAAACCUUUACAUUACGGAGACCAAGGCCGUUAUCGAUAAGAGGGGUCUAUGAAUCGCUCUUGAAAAUCUCCCAAAGCAAGGGCCCAGGAAGCCAAGAAGCCAAGCAGCGAAUAGUUGAGAAACUUCUCCAGGAUACAAGAGGCGCAGAGGAAAGCAGGUACCUCGUGCGAACGCUUGUGCAACAUCUUCGCAUUGGAGCAGUCAAGACGACAAUGCUUAUUGCUUUAGCUAGGGCAUUCUUACUCUCGGGACCUGCCGCGAGCAGUUUCUCUGUUUAUUCGAGAACGGAUCUCUCAAAACUCAAAAAGGAGGAAAUCGCAAGUAUCUACAAUAGGGCGGAGGAAAUUGUGAGAGCUUGCUAUGCUCGACACCCUAACUAUAACGAUUUAAUACCAUGCCUUCUAGAGGUCGGAAUAUCAGAUGAGCUCCUCGUGAGAUGUGGACUCACUCUCCAUAUUCCAUUACGCCCAAUGCUGGGAAGCAUAACGAGAGAUCUAACCCAAAUGCUUACUAAACUCCAAGGGAGAAAAUUUACUUGUGAGUAUAAGUACGAUGGCCAACGGGCGCAGGUUCAUUGCGAUUCUUCAGGUACGGUGUCUAUCUUUUCCCGUCAUCUCGAGCGUAUGACGGACAAAUACCCUGAUUUGGUAGCCCUCAUUCCCAGAAUUCGGGGUGAAGGAGUAUCGAGUUUCAUUUUAGAAGGAGAAAUUGUCGCGGUAAACCAGGGAACUGGGGAGUUAUUGGCGUUCCAGACCCUUACCAACCGUGCGAAAAAAAAUGUGGGCAUCGAUAGUAUUAAAAUUAGCGUAUGUUUGUUCGCCUUUGACCUCAUGUUUUUGAAUGGUGAACCGUUACUGGAGAGACCACUCCGGGAAAGGCGAGAACUUCUGCGAGGUCUGUUCAUUGAUAUUCCACAUCAUUUCACAUUUGUAAAAAGUAUUGACGCGACUUCGUUUGAUUCGGAAGCCGUGUUGGCCUUUUACAAAGAUGCCCUUGAUGCCAAAUGUGAAGGACUCAUGGUUAAGCUGCUAGAUGACAGUGUUACGCCAGAUAUGCCCGAAGAAGAGUCAGCUACGAAACCGAUUUCGACUAGCGAGCUACCAUCAGCGCCUGCCUCCAUGGAAUUGAAUGUUAACGCCAAACACAAAGGUCGGCGUUCUCUACUAUCUACUUAUGAGCCUGACAAGCGACUCGAAUCGUGGCUCAAAGUGAAAAAAGACUACAGUGCUGCAUCUGAUACUUUGGACUUGAUCCCCAUUGCUGCUUGGCAUGGGCAAGGCCGGAAAGCUAAAUGGUGGUCUCCUAUCCUUCUUGCCGCUCGCAACCCCGAAACUGGCUUGCUUGAGGCUGUUACGAAGUGCAUAUCUGGUUUCACAGACAAGUUCUAUCAAGCUAACAAAGAAAAAUAUGCGGAGGGAAGCGAGAAUAUAAUCUCGAGGCCGAACUACGUGGAAUAUAGAAACGAGCCAGAAGUAUGGUUUGAACCACAGGAAGUCUGGGAGGUGGCAUUCGCUGAUAUUACGCUCAGCCCUACUUAUACAGCUGCGAUUGGUUUGGUCAGUGAAGACCGCGGACUGAGCCUUCGAUUUCCGAGAUUCAUUAAAGUCCGCGAGGAUAAGGGAAUCGAUGAAGCAAGUAGUUCGGAGUAUCUUGCAAGUUUAUGGAGGAAACAAACGAAACGACUGCAGGAGGAAGGAUCACUGACAAAACUAGAAGCGGAACAUGACAACUUCGGCUUGGAGGAUGAAAGGAGAUGA